UCAUAAGACAAAGGCUAAUUAAAUUAGCUAGCCACUUCUCUCUCAUAAGAGGGACCGAGGCUUGAGGGAGUAGCAAUAUUCAUGUAUAAAAAAAAUGAGGGAGUAAUAAUAUUAAUUAAAUAAAUAAAUAAAAUACCACCUUAAAUGCUAGUAUGCUACGGAGUAAUUAAAGACUCGUAGAUGCUAGAUGUGUUCUACAUUCAACAUUCUUCUUGUGUUCAUUGUUCCAGUUUCUCCAGUAUCCAAUUUGAGAUCUGAAAUUUUGAAAAUUCAAGUGUUGGGCAAUACCAUUAGAGUUGACUGUGACUCAGUGAAGCAGGAAUAAGACGGAUCAUUGUUUACAAAUUACAGCUCUCGAAAUUUUGGUAUGAUGGAUCACAAAGAAAACCAGGACUCUUUAACAAGUAACUUGGCUAAUAUUGCACGGAGAUGCUUGUUUGGUGUCCUUUCUAUGGGACCAAUCCCUGAUCAUAUUGCUUUCAUUAUGGAUGGAAACCGAAGAUAUUCUAGGAGAUUGAAAUUAGAGGAAGGAGCAGGACAUAAGAUAGGCUUUACUGCUCUAAUGUCCAUGCUUAAGUACUGUUAUGAGCUGGAAGUGAAAUAUAUAACUGUAUAUGCCUUCAGUAUCGAUAAUUUUAAAAGAAGUCCUGAGGAAGUGAAAUUUUUGAUGGAGCUUAUACAGGAGAAGAUUGAAGUCUUGUUAAAAAAAGAUAGCAUUGUUAACCAAUAUGGAGUUAGAGUUCAUUUUAUCGGGGACUUGAGGCUACUAGAUGACUCGGUAAGGUUAGCUGCUGAGAAGGCUAUGGCAGCCACUGCUGGUAACUCCAAAGCUGUGCUCUCAAUUUGCAUUGCUUACACUUCUACCAAUGAGAUUGUGAAUGCUGUUCAACAAUCUUGUGAAGAGAAAUGGGAUGAACUCAGAAUACUAGAUUCAUGUGGUGCAGCGUAUGGGUUAACCGAUUAUACUGGCAAUGCACACAACAGAGAAAACUCAAUAGGUGUGAUGGAUGUUGAGAAGCAUAUGUAUAUGAAUGUUGCUCCUAAUCCUGAUAUUGUGGUUUGGACUUCUGGAGAAAACCGCUUGAGCAAUUUUCUUAUCUGGCAGAGUGCAUACUCCAUUCUGUAUAGCCCCUCUGUGCUUUGGCCUGAGAUUGGUCUUUGGCAUCUAGUUUGGGCUGUCCUGAAUUUCCAAAGAAAUCAUGCUUGUUCGAGAAAGUAAAAAACACGACAAUACUGAUGAUACGAAACAAUACAGUUGCAGGAGCUGGAAUCUAUGAAGAUAAGUGAAGGCCAGUUGACGUCUUAUAAGAUUAUAAUGAUUACAAGAUAAUCUAUGAAGUAGUGUUGUUUACGAAGUAGUUUACAUUUUACAACCUAUUACUCCAUAAAUCAUUCUCUUCAACUCUUUUUUUUUUUUCUUCAAUUCAAACGAACUCUAAGUUCAAAUCAUGUCCAAUUUGGUCCAAAUUUUUUAAAAGCUAACCAAUUUUGGGCCAACUAUAUUUUAAAGCAAAUAAUGGCAAAGGUGCUAGUGUGCUA